CCAGCAAGCCCAGCAGGACGCGCGCGUCCUCGUGCGGGCGUGGCGCCAGCCAGCGCCGACCGCCGCCUGAUGCGCGGUGCGGAGCGGGCCCGCCCGAGAGCGCUGGCCGCCGCUUGACGCGCCGCGUGCGCGCCGGUGAUGGCGUGCUGAUGCGCCUCUGCAGGUCCUUCCGCCGGCGCCGCGUGCGACCGAAUCGCGCGCGGCUCCGUCGGUGGGUCCUGCAGUGGUGCUUGCUCGUGGCUUGCAAACCAACUUAUGGCCGCAGUCAAGGUAAGAUUCAAUCUUAGGGUUAGGGUUCAUGAGAAAAAUUUGGGAAUUUCAAGAUGUGAUCUGAAAAUUUGACUCUCCUUCUUCUAAUUGCUGACUGAUGCAUCUAAUCUCAUGAAUUUGGAUCUAAUUUCGCGGGAGUUAAUUUAACAGUGGCAUAAAUUUGGGGAAAACAGUAAGCAAAAGUAAACCCUAACCUUGAUUACUUGAUUUAAUCAUGGCAUUAACUUAAACUGAUUCAUUACUCAGGAAUGAUUGCAUCUAAUCCGAUACUUAACUCAUAAACAGAUCAAGAUUAAUCUUAAACUUGACCUAAACCGAAUUAGAUUAGAUCUAAUCUCGUGAUCAGAAACUUAAUUAACCUUGAUUUAGAUCUAAUCACGCAUGAUUAACACAUAAAAGCCAUUAUGCAGGAUCUGAUUGCAUCUAAAACAUGAAUCAAACCUAACUGUGCAAUAGGAUCUAAUCUGCACAGUAGGUUUUGCAUCUUAAACCGACGAAAACAGAGGCAUAAACAUGGCUCAAAAUUGACCGUGCAUGACUAGGUUAAGAUGGCUCUGAUACCAAUUGUUAGAAUUAGCCAGGCUUAAACAUUAGAGGCUAAUAACCCAAGAUCUGAACAUAACCUAGUUCAUGACAAAUCAAUCUAAUGCGGAAUAAAUUGGUAAACAUUAUACCAGCGUUAGCAGUUGCAGCAGCCAUUUACGCCUGAUCCGUAGAGGAAGUAGGCGUUCUUGUCGGUGUAGAAGAUGCAGCAGCGAAUCGGCGUCCUUCGGGCGCCAAACGGGAGUGCUUGGCCUUCCAAACCCCUCCAGUGCCUUUAGCGAUCAGACUAGCGGUGGCUAGGGUUUUAGAUUGAGAUGAAUGGUUGAUUAAGGUGCUAACCACGACCUUAUAUUUAUAGGCACUGUGGGGCUGGGGCCAGCCUCUGGAAACGGGCUUAAUGGGCCUGUUGCUCACAGCCCAUUAGGGUUUUAUCAUUAGGUUUCCUUAAUCGCGUUUAGAUGGUUUAAACGCUUCCUUAAUAGUGAAGAUCACAAUAUCUUAACUGAAUUGCAUGCAUUUCCCGGGAAAAUUGGAUCCACGUAGCGGAUGGUUGAAUGGCCCCUACUUAGGCCCCAGUGUAGACUUGGAUGGAGCUAGGGAAUGUUGUCUAGGACCGAAUGAUAAUGUAGUCUGGGAAUAGACGCCGGUAGGUAUGGUUCUCGUAGGUCAGUACCGCCUUUGAUCAGGGUAUGGGCUGAUCGAGCGUAUGGGUACAGUGUACGCCUCUGCGCAGAGUAUGAUCUAUUCGAAUAGCCGCGGUUCUCGGUUAUGAACACUCUCGGUUAAAGCUCUCUUGAUUAGUCACACCCCUAGAGAUAGGUUAAAUAAUGAUGAGGGUAGAGGCCCAAGAAUAUGAUGGGUUUGGAUAAGGGUAAGGCAGGAUCCCGACGAUCGCUGCGAUAAAACUUGGGAACUGGUAGGAGAGGCUUUGUGUUCCUCCUCCAGGGCCACAAUUUCUUAACAUAGUCUAGGGUUUCAGUAAAAGUCAUAAUGUGUUACACCUGCAUUAUUUACUUUCUGCAUUACUGCUAGCCCCACCAUAUCUCGCCUUCAUGUCAUUAAAUUCUUAUACGUUGGGGUACUUGCUGAGUACUUUUUGGCAAAAGUACUCAAACUUGCUUGUUUGCCCAGGUGGAGGGCCCUACUCCGUCUACCGCUGCUAAAUGAUUGCUGUGUGCUAUGGUUUACAAAGGUGACUAUAUGCUCACCGAUAUAAUCUCUUCUAUAUGUUCUACUCUGAUUAUCUAACCCGUACAGGCAGGUGUCACCUACCCGGUCCAGGGAUGGCACUGUAUUGCUUAAGUGGGGCCACCCCUAUAGGGCGGUCCCCACAGCAACGAGCUGGGUGGCUGCGCUCGUCCAUAGGGGAGCCGUGCGCCCCCCGUGUCGCGCAGCGGGUAGCCGUGCUCGCCGGCCGGCGGACCCUAUCUCUCGCUCACAGGGAAAUGGGGAGAGAAAAGGAGAAGGAAAUGGUGAAAGGCAACAAGCAAGAACAAAAUAAUACUUCAAGCAACCAAAUCAUUUGCCGGAGAGACUUGCCGGCGGCGCUGACCUCCACGAUUCGCCGACCGGCCGUCGUCGCCUCCCGAAUCGCCUCUCCCCUGGUCGCCGUGGAGAGAUGAAGGGGGUGAAUGAGUCCCGUGAAGCUUCUGGUGAUCUAAUCCCCUCAAUGGGUUCGGUUUUCGGAUCCAAAUUCGCGAACUAAUCGUUAACGGGUGGACAAAGCAGGGGUGCGGGCCCAAAAACAAAAGAGAAUGUCGUCCGUGUGAUUGAGAUCCAGCGGCUGCAGAUAAAGUGAUUGAGACAAUAUCAAAAAUCAAGCAUUUGAGGUGGAGGAAAUCUGUAAAAUAUUUCUUUGAAAGUAAAAAUAUGGAUAAACAACAGUGCGGAUAGUAUCAGGGUGAAAUAUCUGGAGGCAAAAAAAUCAUCGGCCUUUGAAAAAGGAUGUCUAUCGGAGAGCCGAAAACAGGCCGAUAGUCCGAUCAGCUGGACCCCAUAGGCGAUUGGCCUGCCGUCCAUCCAAUUCCUAGCCCAUCAAGCGUAGGUGGCCCAUGAAGUGGCUCUAGGCGUUGGGCUGGCCCAGUUCCACCCAUGACUGCGUUUGCAUCUCUUAACAUUAAACAUCGCAUGCGCCUGGGAAAAUCAAUUGUUCGAUGGAGCCUGUUCUGGUGUCCCUGUUCUCAAAGAGAGAGAGAGAGAGAGUUUUGUCUCAUUCCAGUACAGAUCACGGACUCCAUUAUGUUGAUUUUCAUAAGCCACUCUCAUUUAAAUAUUUUAACUGCAACAUCAAAUAAGUUGUCUACGUUUUUUUUCAUGACAAACCAGCAAAACGGACAAAAAGUCCACAAAAGCAAAACAAGACGGCAAUAUGAAGAAGGAAAUAAAGCUACAAGAAGAUAAGACUUGGACCACUGACACAUCAUUUGCGCAUAUUCCCAGCAACCCUUGCCACCGCAUCAAACCGCCUGCAAUCAAAUUUCCUGUAAAGCUGAAAUUAAACAUACCAAUUGAAAGGGCUUCACCAACUAAAAUCUGCUGUACAAUUUAGAAUGCAAAACUUUCGAAGUCAGAUUAACCAGCAUGGGUCAGCCAGCCUCCCAUAAACGAGUUUUAUGCAUGCAGAUCCUUUUCGUAAGAUAGACCAACGGCACACGGUCUGCCAGAUACUACCACCGCUACACAAGAUGUGCCAUCACUUAACAAGGAAACAUUUUCUCAACAUUGUCUAGAUUCAACUUUCCUAACCCUCCUUUGCCUAGCUGAUGCUAUUCAGACUCCUUUGCCGGUUUGUCCUACCGAUCAUUUAAUGUGUCUAAAUUCAACUUUCCUAACCCUCCUUUGCCUAGCUGAUGCUAUUCAGACUCCUUUGCCGGUUUGUCCUACAGAUCAUUUAAUGCCGGGGGCGAGCUGAACCUUGGCCUUUUGAUUCUGCAUCUUCAGUCUGAUUCUUGACAUUUUCCAUCUCCAUCCUGCAUAUCAUUAUCAUUUAAUAAUCAGUAAAAAAAUGGUGAUAAUGUCUUGAGAAGACGUAAAAUGAAAACGUGAAAUGGACAUAUCACUGCAACAAUGAACCAGGUCCCCCUAGCCACAUCAUAUACUUCCAAACAAACGCAUCGGUGUCUUUGAACAAAUUCUAACUUUAAGCCUUACCAAAUGAACUAACUGGAAGGUAGAAGCACAACAAUGACAAAUAAAAGGGCAAACAACCAUAAAACACAGGAGCAAAGUAAGCUUAAUAUUUGAGACAACGCUUAUCCAUUUAUAGACUUUUCAAAAUGAUCUCCAACACUAAAGUGGUGUCAAACUGAGUCAUGGCAACAAGCUGAAUAUGUGACUUGUAAAACUAACAUACUUAACUAGAUUGCCAAUAGUUAGUCUAGUUAAGCAAUCCACUUUAAACACUUCAGUCAAAACAAAUUUACUCGUCUUCCUCACCUCAUGCGUGCCUUGUUUGUUUAAGAACUAUCCAAAAGACCUCACAUAACUAUUAAACAUGCACAGCCUUGCAAUUGACCCCAUGCAGUAAAGGCCUAUGUAUUUUUGGUUUACAGCCAAGCUAUGCAGGACAAUUUCAGGGGGGUGUUACCGUUUUCUCCUUUGACUCUCUUGGAUUGUAAGCCUGAGUUUCUUCCGAAGGCAGAAUCCGGGUCUUGGGGCAGCAGGCUCCACCUGGUUUGCAGAAGUAUGCCUCAGUUUCUAUGUCUACAAGGAAUUUGUGUUCCCACAGCUUCCCAAACAGGCCUGUCAUCGCUCUAGAGAAUUUGCACUCAACCAUCACCCUGGCUUCAUUUUUUGUGUACUUCACCCCAAGGAGCUUCACAUAGACAAGCAAGUGCGAGUGCACAUGCCUCAAGUAACGAAACAAGUGCUUUGCAUUGCCAAUUGUAAAGCGAUCUUCCUCUUCAACAUUCCGGUUCUGCUUAUAUGGAUCUUCAAACCAUGCCACUAACAGAGUAUUGCCUGCCAUACUUUCAGCCCACUUUUUAGCUGAACCUACUAGAGAUAUCCAAAUCCAUUUGGCCUGAUCACCAGUCAGAUUUUCCUUGACGUGGUCAUACACAUCAAGGUAGGCCUAUGAAUAAGCUGGGACAAAUAUGAAGACUGGAUGAACUGUGAAGUAGUAGCCAUGUGGCUAAUUUCUAUGCCUGAGUUCUUUCAGAAGGUCCUCAAAGCUAUACGGAAGAAUAGCACCUCUGCAGCAAUGCCUAAUGAUGUCUUCAUACACACCUGCCAAACUGAAGUAGUCCUUUGAUGCAUUGCGUCUGUUGGUCUUCCGCAGAAGUGUGCCAUCACGCAUGACAAAUUGACCAUGUCGAUCUACCAUCAGUUGGGACAGAGUGAUAGGAUGGAAGAAGGAAUAGCCAUGCAUUUUGAGCUUCUCAAUAAGAAGAGGAAGUGAUGCGAACCAGACCUUGGCCAGUACAGUGAAAAUAGUGUACUUCUUGGCCUCUUCAUCACCCACUAAGUUCACAUUCUCUGACAAUGCAUGUGAUUCUGCAAACUCAAGGGGAUUCCACUUUGGCUCAUUGACAUCGUCGAACAUACCAAUGACAUCUGCAACAUAACAUGGAAUAUUAUCAGUGCCCAUGGAUGGCAUUUAUGGUACAUUGCAUAAACAUAUAAGCUCAAACCAGAGUAUAUCAGAAGCCAUAAUGCCUAAAAGGUAAAGCACACAAGCAUAUGCUUGAAACAAUAAAACACACAUAUAUCCAUAUACUGCAUGUUUAAGACUGAAAUCUGUAUAGUACUCCUGGUAUAGUUUUUCGACAUAGGCAACUUUGGCUAAGUUCAGAUCAACAAACAUUUUAUCACCUCAAGAAAAUUGCAGGAAAUAAAAAUAUGUCAACACGAAAGGACAAAAAGAGUUGCAUACAAAUCCUUUUCCCAGCAUUGAUGAGAUAUUAAACAUUGAAAGGUGCCUCACUACACUACACUUGUAACUCUUAAUUCACAUGGAAAGCACAACACUACACUUGUAACUCUAACUUCACAUGGAAAGCACAGCACUACACUAACUUUAAAAUUCACUACACUUGUAACUCUUCACAUGGAAAGCACAUCACUACACUAACUUUAAAAUUCACAUGGAAAGCACACGAAAACUGCUUAAUACACAGACCCCACCCCACGCAUAAACCAACUUAGAAGUAGAGCUCAUCGCAGAUCAUCAUAUACUUGAACCAAUUUUUUUGUACCAAAUGCUCAAAUUUCUAAAAAAAAAUUGGUGCCUUGGAAGGCCAUGACAAAGGUUGCUGAUCCUAACCAAACUAGUUACAUUGUGACAAGAAGUUAACACUAAUAAUGGCAAGUAGUACUCACGUUACAGGGGGAUCUUCAGUCUGAUCCGAUUUUGACUGAAAAUUGCCAGAAGACGUGUUGUAGGAGGGGCAACUUGACAUGUACCAUGGCAACUCAAACUGAUGUCCUGCCCGGGAGAAAGGAACACGGCACAGACUGUUGGUGCCGAAGAUGCCGGCCCCCUUCGCGGAGGAGUCAGCAGGCGGAUGGCGCGCGUAGGCUGGGGAGAGACCCAACGCCGUCAAAGAUGCAGACGGCGAAUCGGGCACCAACGUUGCCGCGGUAAGAAGCCGACCGUGCUGAAGUCGCUGCCCUUGCUGAAGAAGGGGGUAGGAGUUCGCGAGGGGAGACGCCAGUACGAGCGAUGUGCCGGCGGCGGUCGGCGGAGGUGUUUCCGCAAGCGCUGAGCAGUGCCGGCCCUAGGAUUUUGAAGGCCGAACUCAUCGUGACGGUCCUCUAGAGUCUAGACCUUAUAUAAAAUUUUAUAAUAUAUAUACGCUAUUUCCUUAUAAAGCGAAAACAAAUAUAUUGAUAUCUUUUUUAAUUUAAUGUCGGUGACUGCGGUGGCCCUAAUACCCACUAAGCUGAGGAUCUACAACUAAGACACACCAACUCACUCUAGAGUCGGUUAGUUUUUUUUAAUUUCCUACUUAGCGUAUAAGGUCCUUUCUACGGCAGUCAUUUCUUGCUUUCGGGUGGCAGAGCCUACAAAAAGAUGAAGCUGGUUUUCGGGAGGCAGAACCUUCAUACGAUGAAGCCCAGACUCUUUGUGAUCCCGGGUGGUAGAGUCAGCCUACGAUAGAUCACAACUUAUACACUAAGCCCUUAGAAAAUGGGAGACUAACACUUACAAAAUACUUGCUUUAUUGCAACACAAUAGUAUUACACAAGAGUACACAACACAUCCUCUCUUUGUGGCUAUCCUAGCACUCACUCUUCUCAUCUACCAUGCUAUUAGAUAGAUGGCAUGGCAAGGAGGGGUUCCUCUAUUUAUAAGCCAAGGUGGAGUAUAGAAUGGUGACAUGUGUCCCCCUUCUAGAGAAUUCCAAAAUAUUACAAGGUUUUCUAAUUUAUUUAUUUAUUACUAAUUCUAGAGUACUCCAUAAAAAUAUCUUCUCAUUGCCUUGUGGAGAAUAUUCUAGAAGGUUGCCUUGCAUUCUUCCAAUAUUUAACAUGUUUGAUAAUUAUCGGGAAACACUAUAGACUAAAACAAUAGUUUAUACUUUUAGAAUCAAUUUGAUAACCAUAUAUUUUCACUCCUUAAUAUUCAUUGGCUCACAGAAAGAUACUUCUUCUGGCAUUUCUUGAUACAAAAUCAUCAAGACAGUAUUGAGAUCAAUAGUGUCCAAUAUAGCCUUCUCGAUAUUGCACAUUGCAAAGCUUUCUUCUGAUAUAGUUGAUCUCAAAUAGUUGUUCAACAAUUUUAGUUUUGAGAAUUUUUUAAGCUGAAGCUACAGUCAGAGGUACAGUUAAAAGGAUUCGAUAAGCAACCAAAAUAUUUAGAUAGCAAUCUGCAGUCAUAAGAAACUUCAGAAUCUCAAGCGCUGAUAUCAAAUAAUUUGACAAAAUUACUUGCAACACCUUUAAUAAUUAGCUCUUGACCUCUUAGACUGCUAUUACAAAGACCAGCUGAUCCGUAGACAUAUUGUAUGUGUAUAAUAAAUAUCUGAGCUUGGGCCACCUCCUGACUUGGGCCAUCGGCCGUCGCACAUGGUGGCCACUGGCGGAGGGCGCCGGUGCGCCAACGGCGGAGAAGUCGCGGGGGAAGGGGUCUCCGGAGUUGUUGACGUAGAUCGUAGCCGCGCACAUGAGCCGGCUCGCGACGACGAGAAUCCCCGAUGGUGGCUACCCCCUGGUGGUACCGGCACGACGAGCGAUGGUACAGAGGGCUUCCAUGAUCUCCGGCUGAGGUCUCGACGGAGAGGAGGCAGAAGGGGUGGUUGCUCGGUAAUGUUGAUCCGCACCACACGGUGACCGGAGAUUAGGGGGGGGGGAACCUAGCACGGUGACCCAGUCGAACUCACGACCAACUCGCCAUCCCUCCUCCCUCCCCUUUUCUCCCCCUUUCCCCCUCGUCGGUUGGAACUUGGAAAUGAAGGAUGUGCCGUCGUGCGUGCCGAAGCGAGCAGUCUUACGUGUGCGCCUUUCUUGCGCACGACUGCUGGUGCGGGACCUGAACUGGCAUUUCUCUCUCCUUUUUAUUUGUAGCCGGUCAUAUGAACUCAUUUAUUAUACGAUAUAAUCUAUUGGUUACAUCUAGUUCUCUCCUGGUAGUAGAGUACUAGGCUACUGCUCCCCGAAAUUCCAAAUUACAAGUCAUUUGGCUUUUUGAGAUUCACAUACAAUAUAUUAUUACAUAUCUAGACAUAUCUAUGAACCUAGAAAAGUCAAAAUGACAUAUAAUUUGGGAGCUAGGGAGUAAUAGACUAGCAUAGAAAGGAUACACAUACACACAAACCGAAAGCAUGACAUAGUUACACAACAAAACAGAAAUUCAUAAUAAGCUACAGUGCAUAUGAACUAUGAAGGAUGGAAAUGUAGAGUGUGCAGUACGGCGAAGUAUGAUUAAUAAUAUGGUAAUGUGUAAACUGACAACAACUUUUAGUAAAAUGCUAUAUUCAGAAUUUACAGCUGUAUGAACAAAUUGACAACAGAUAAACAAAAAAAACAUGAAGUGGUAAGGUUAAAAUUAUUCAAGAGAUAAUGCAAAGGGGUCAGUGAUACAUGUUAACUUCUGUGUUACUUGUGCAUCGCAAAGAUGCAUACCUCACUCUGGCAGUCUGAUUAAUUAAGAGGGCAGGACUGUGGGAGUGUUCUAACUUCUGAACACAUAGCAGUAUUGCCUAGUUUCAUGCGUGAAUACAUAAAUGCAUGUGAAGUACAAAGUAAGAAGAACCAAGAAUCAAUUAGAUUGAGAAACGUCACAUAUACAAGAAUUAGAUUGAAAAUAUAGCUGCAUUUAAUCUACCCAUUAUAUUGUAAUAUGCAAAGAUGCCAUCUAUCUAUCAAGCAAGAGUGAGCUAAUUUGUCAUAUCAGCACAGCACACAGGCAGUAGCGGAGGACAACUAAAAAUUGAGGUAUGGCGCAGACGAACUAAUGGAGCAGUAAGCUAAGUAUAUCACUUAAGUUGAUGCCUAAAAUGCUUAAAUGUCUGAUAAAAUUUAGCUCAAACUUAAGUAUACAUGCUUCCUGCAAAAUCCAAGGUAUAUGGCUUGCUCUACCGAGCCCUCCGCCACUGCACACAGGUGCCAUUUUGUUUUCUUUGAAAAAACAAUGAAAUGAUAAAAGGAUUACGCACAUGAAAAAACAAUAAUACUAUACCCUCCGUUCCAAAAUGGUUUCAUUUUUUGGGCUUUCUCAUGUGAGUAAUAUUGUUUUCUCACAUGAGAAACAAAAUGUACAGUAAUAUUGUUUUGGUUUCAUUUUUUGAGCUUUCAGUUCCAGCACCUUGUGUUGGUUUCGUGGCAUGCUGUAUUUAUACUUUCUACUUUAAUGCAAAUCGCAAAGACACAACGAAUCUAGGUAUUCUCAUAUAAAUUUCGAGCCCCUCGUUCCUGCCACUCGCUAACAAUUAUCUUACACAUAUAUUAAUUUUCCUUGGAGUUUGAGUAACCUCACUAAGUUGAUUCAACUUCAUGCACAAAAAGGCCACGCCAAAGGCUCAAAUAAUUGAUUGUUUUGAAAAUUUUCACUCUUCAGGUCCUAUUCAUAAGUGAUAGUGGGCGAAAUACCUCUUUGUUCAUCGGACUAACAAAAAUCUAGUAGUUGUUUUUACAAAGCAAUCAACUAACCAGGCAUUGCCAGAUUGGAUAUCAACCACCUUGACUUCAUCUGGACAUGGUUAAACAAAAGACAAGCAGGGGAAAAUCCAAAAACCUAUCAGGAGACUCCAAUGGAGAUCAGACAAGGGAGGGCGUAAAAGCCUUUUGAUCUCCCUGCUGGUCGGCCUGUUUGCUUAAAUUAAAUACCAAAUCUAGGCAUGAAAAAAAAUAACUCAAGAGAGUUGAUAGCCCUCCUCUCGCUUUAUUUGAGUUCCACUUGUAAGGUACUCCCUCCUUUCCGAAUUGUAGAUCAUUUUGGGAUUUCUAGAUUCGUAACUUUUAUUAUUAGUUCAGCAGAACCAAGGUUUGCACACACACAAAAAAAAAACACCGAAAAGCAGGAAAGGUUAUCUUUGCCAUGUUUUUCUUUUGGGGCUAGCCGUAGUUCUGCUUACAUGUGGGUGAAGGUUGAUGAUAACUGUGGUCACAUGGACGAUAUUUAGGUUCAGGCGUUCAGCAAUAUCAACAGUUUCUAACCUUCCAAAAGUAACGAAGCAUAUUUAGCUCCUACGCAGGUUCGAAAAGAAAGGGGGAGAUUUAUGGCCGAAGAGGACCAUUUGGUGAUGAUGCAAAGCUUUAAGUUGUAGGGCCUAGGGCGAUCAACAUCUCUUCUGAUCAUUUAAUCAACAUCUCGUCUGAUCACUUAAUUUCUUGAUAAAAGCACAUAUAUAUGUGUGCAGAAAUAAUUUGAAUUAACUUCAAUCGAUAUCUAUGUUAAAACCUGAAAAAAAAACAGAUAUGUCUUAGGGCAGGCAUACAAAUUUGUACCAUCAUAUACAUCUAUAGUAACAACAUGACAAUGAUAGGGAAGCCAAAAUUCAGAUACAGGAAGUCUAAAGAGGAGCUACAAUGGAACUUCAAUGGGUUUAAAACUUUAAACUAAUGGUGAAGAAGAAUUCCUUUUAUUAUGAGUACAUAAACAUAAGAAAAUUUCAGUGGAGGGAAAAAAUUGGAGUGGUAUACAUGCAAGAUUAAUCCAUUUAUACGUGUAAUGCUCCAUUUCCAUAUGAAACAUAUUGUUCAAGCUAAGGUUACCACUAAGCACAUAUAUAAAAAAAUGGUUGGAGGUGUAUGAAUUGAGAUAAAUUUGCAUAAAGAGUAAUUAGCAACUAUAGCGGAUCACAUUCAGAUAACGAUAUAUGAAAAAUAUCUAUAUCAGUGGGAGGCACAAAAAUAAGAAAAUUUUAAUUGGUUGUAGGCCCAUAUUUCUCUAUGAACAUCUACUCCUGUGGGUGUGUCGCGCAAAGCGCCGAACGGACACCGCGCCCCUCGUUGAUUGGUGUAGUUCCUUGGCUCUGUAACCUCUCACCGCCUCGCCGCCGGGCGGCGGUCUGCUUCUCCUUCGGCUCCAUGAGCCUGCUGUUGCUGCUGUAACUCUUGUUGUGGCCUUGUUGCCAUUUUGGGAAUGAAAUCUUUCAGGUGGGCCGCUGCCCCCCGUUGCUUUCUCAAAAAAAAAAACCGUGCAGGAGCACGGGUUGAUAGACUAGUAUUUACCAAAUGGAGGUGAUGCACUAGGCAACUUAUUUACUCAGACUAGGACUUCAUCUUUUGCAGUUAUGCUGGUAAAUCUCACCAGACCUAGUGUCAGAAGUGAGAGCCAAAGCUCUUUUGGUACUAAACAACGUUGUCCUGAUCCUGAAACCCUGACCGGUCUACCAAAACUUCAGCUUCGAAUGCCCAUCAAACAAGUUGCUGUCAGCCCUUCUCUUACGUUAAAACAGCAUAAGUUCUUCACUUCAUUCUUUUCUUAGUCGCCAUAUGCAUGCAUGUUUAGUCUGAUCACCAUUUGUCAUUCUCCGGUUAGAAAUUACUGCUAUGGAAACCGCAACGCGUUUUCAGCAGUAGGAUAGUAAUAGCUAGUCACUUCGCCGUCUUAUUCAUGCUAUGGGAUGACGAAAUGAUCGGAUUGAGGCGUCCAGUAUAUCCAAACGUCACUGCCAAGAUCAGAGGUGGCUUUCAGCAAAGGAAUCCAAAAUCUUAUGGUGCUCGUUACUCGGGUUUGAUCUAGAAGGUUAAGCUGAAAGCAGCAUGCAUGUGUUUGAUUUCCAACUAGUGCCUCGUCAAGAAAGUGUCAGGAUUUCCACGUAGUACUAGAACAUUGCAGCAAUGGAAAUUACUAGCAAAUUCGAAGGCUUUCAUUGUCAUCACCAGCAAUUCACCAGUCCUGCCCAGCAGACAUAGUGACGAAAGAGUGGAACUGACCAAAUUAAAGUUUUCAGGCCCUAGGGACGAGGUUGAGAAAUGACUCAGUGAGAUUAAUUCAACGUCAUCAAGGUUUUCAUGACAAGGAAAUUCUAUGGAAAUUGCAGGACUAGCAUCCUCUGUAUAUUUGAUCACGUUCAUGAAAGUGACCGAAUUCCACAAUCCGUGAUAUCAUCAUACUAGCUAGUUUACGAGGAUUAAUUGUUAUGAAUUUUGUUUGAAGUUUCAACAUCUCGUUAUUACGUGCAGCACGCAUGCAUCUCCAUUGAAAGUUAAACGUAUCACAUCAGUGGCGGAUGCAGGAUGAGAGGCAAGGGGGGGCUGAAACAAUGAAGAUGUUGAUUUGUGUGAAAAUUUAAUGGUGAUUUGAUGCUUUUGCUAUAGUGUUUUACGUGUAAUUAGGGGAGCUUAGGGGGGCUGGAGCCCCCCUAGCCCCCCUGCUGGAUCCGCCGCUAAUCACAUGCAUUGGAAAACCAACCCAAAAAAAUUACAUCAUCAUACAUAAGCUGACUUUGCAUUAAGUUUUUAUUUCCUCUUUUUUUCACAACAGAAUUCUGUAGCUCACAAUCUACGUAAUAUAUGUGCCAGGAGCUUUUGACAUUGCAACGCUAUAAUAUUUUUUCCAAGUAGCACCAACAUCCCUGACGUCGACACUUUAUCUGCAAAUAGAAUAGCAUUGAAGUGACCAGUGGCGUAGCCCCCGAAGCCUCCCCUACAAAGUUGAAGGGGAAGAAGAGGAAAAGGAAGGGUUGGAGGAGUUGGAAGAAGCAACCUCCCCUAAGCUCCAAUCGUAACUUGGCCACUGGAAGUGACACCAAAUAUCGUAGUGUCAAAUUAAAUAAUUUGUAAAUAAUUAGCAAGUGGGUUCCAUUCAACCGGAAAACCAGAUGACAAAGUUCUGACUUUCUCGUGUCAAGCUGAAGUUUGACAACCCCGGGAAAUUGCAUCUCUGCUUCCAUCCUUUGACAAGUGUACAAAAAAUAAAAAACUAUGCAUGCGUCAUGUUGAUUGGUAGAUUUCAGUUAACAUUACACCAAAUAUACCUCUGAUUUAAGUUAGCAUCAACCUACUAUUUAAAAAAAUAAAAAUAAGAUAAUAUGUGCUCUAGUUGGAUACUGCUGUGCCUUUACUUUUCAACAACUUUCAAGUCUAGGUUUUAAAAGGCAGCUUACAAAUCUAAUGAACUGUUACGAACUUAUGAUACUCUUAGAUCUUGCAGCGAACAGGUAUCCUAUACUGCUUCACAAUAUCCUAUUCUGGUAGAAGCAUAAACAAACAUAGCAGUACGUAUCCGGUAUUCCUACCGUGCUCAGCAAAAGAUUCCAUCCUACUCUUCUGACUUCUCUGCAUUCUGCAGGCAAACGUCGUCUAGUAGUCCCCUUGAGGACAAGAAUUGGGUUCAAACGUUGUCUGUCAGUACAUCAUGUUUGGUGGCACAAAUCCUUUUAGUAAAAAAAAAAUCCUGUGCAGUUCAGAAGAGACAGACCACAUAUACAAGGGCACAAGGCACUGCAGAGUUGCGACAAACUGUGUAGCUCCAAGUGACAAGUGUUAUCUGUCAUCACGCAUCUUAAGUUUAUACUCCAAACAUUACGGGAUACAGAUCUGGAGCACGAAUAAUCCUAUUUUUAUCUUUUGAGCCGCAGGAGCAGGUAAGAAGAAGACGGCGACGACCUCAGUUUGUCGCCGUCAAGGUCAGGAAGCAAUGUUCUUGAUGAAGCGGCGCGUAACAGGUACGCUGAGAGAUCACCUUGUCGUCGCCAAUGUCUAGUGCUGUCAAUGUUUACAAGCUCAUUAAAUUGUUUGGCCUGCAAAAAAACAACGCAUCUGGUGCAGGCAGGAACGUACGUAAACUCAUUAAACUCGGUUCUUUCUUCCAUUCUCUCUGUCUCGCCAAUACACACAAGCUGUGGUUAGGAGGGCCAAACCGAGACCACGACCAGGAGGAGCACGAUCGAGGAGGCCGCGCGCCAUGGAAUUGGUCGCCGUCCCCACAAGAACUGGAUCCCAUUCCCAUCCGAUCCGAGCCGAUGCCGCGCGCGCGCGACCCCAAGCAUGUCUUGGACUUCCUCCGCUCGCUGCCACGUUUAUGUUAGUGUCUGCGUGCCCCUGCCCCACGCCACCCCACGUCGCAUCCUCCAAGCUAGUCAAGUCAAGAGCGCGCAUGCGAUUUAUAAUUUUCCGGCGAGAAGCGUCGCUCUCCGAGUCUCACGCGGCAUCUUCUCCUCGCUCGCCGCCCGCGCCGCCGCGAGUAUAAAGCGAGAGCGCCGGCCCCGGCCCGUUGCGGCGCUGGGCAGCAGCAGAGAGAGAGUCUCGAUCGCGUGUUUUCUUCACUGCGGUCUUCUUCUUCGUUCCUCCUCCCAUAAACUUGGCCUGCUGGAGCGGCAGUGGUAGUGGUAGGUAGGGUGUAGACGAUGGGAAGACUACCACUACGCUGCUCUUCUUGCCGCUCCGUCUCCUCCCUCCACCUCCGCCGCCUCGUUCUGGUGGCCUGCUGGUGCGUCGUGGCGGCGAGUUUGCUGCAGGCGGCCAUGGCGCAGCAGGUCCGCGUUGGCGUGAUCCUGAACCUGACGUCGCCGGUCGGGCAGCGGCGGAAGGUCGGCAUUGAGAUGGCGAUGGAGGACUACUACACCGCGAACCCGAGUUCCAGGACCAGGGUCGUGCCGCGCUUCCGGGACUCCGGCGGGGAGGUCGUCGGCGCCGCGUCGGCCGCGGUGGACCUGAUCAAGAACGAGCAGGUACAGGCGAUCAUCGGGCCGCCGACGUCGGCGGAGGCCGCGUUCGUGGCCAACCUCGGCAACAGCACGCACGUCCCCAUCCUCUCCUCCACCGCCACCUCCCCAGAGCUCUUCCCGGCGCAGACGCCCUUCUUCGUGCGCACCGCGGCCAACGACUCCUUCCAGGCCGCGCCGGUCGCCGCCGUCCUCGCCGCGUUCCGGUGGCACGCGGCGGUCGUCGUCUACGACGACUCGCCCUACGGGCACGGAAUCCUCCCUGCCCUCGCCGACGCGCUCCAAGGCAUCGGCGCCAGGAUCAUGGAGCGCACCGCCGUGCCGGUCGACGCCGACGAUGGCCACAUCGACGCGGUGCUCCACCGCUUCAUGGCGAUGCCGACGCGCGUGUUCGUCGUGCACAUGAACCUCUUACUCGCCGCGCGGCUGUUCCUCCGGGCCAGGAAAGCCGGCAUGAUGUCCAAGGACUACGCCUGGAUCGCCACGGACGGCGUCGGCAGCGCCGUGGAAGCGUUGGGCGCCGACAACAUCGACGCCAUGGAGGGUCUUGUCAGCCUCCGUCCGUACGUGCAGGUGACGGAACAGGUCAGGAACUUCUCGGCGAGGUUCAGGGCGAGGCUCCGCCGGGAGAGCCCGAGCGCCGACAUCUACGCCCACGACCCGACCAUUUCGAUGCUCUGGUCGUACGACACGGCGUGGGCGGUCGCGGCGGCGGCGGAGGCCGCCGGUGUCUCCAGCCCCGCGUUCCAGUCACCGCAGAAGAGCACGGUGACGGACUUGGACCGGCUCGGCGUUUCGGCCACUGGAACAGCGCUUCUCAAGGCGGUGCACGAGACGACAUUCCACGGGCUCGCCGGCAACUUCAAGCUCGUCGACGGGCAGCUGCAGCCUCCGGCCUACGAGAUCGUCAACGUCAUCGGGAAAGGCGCGAGGACGGUGGGGUUCUGGACGCCGGAGGCCGGCAUCUCGCAGGCUCUCGACCCCAACGCCGCCAAAGGUCUGAAGCCUACUACUGUUUGGCCUGGUGAUGCGACGUCGCCGCCCAAAGGCUGGGUCGUGUCCCCGAACGGGAAGAAGCUUCGUGUCGCCGUGCCGGUGAAGGGAGGGUUCAAGCAGUUCGUCGACGUCGGCAAUGAGUCGGCCACCGGACACGAGGCAAACGUCACAGGCUACUGCAUCGAGGUGUUCGACGCCGUGAUGCGCAAGAUGCCAUAUCCAGUGGGCUACGAGUACGUUCCGAUCCCCAACAGCUCGGUUUCGUACGACCAAUUCGUGAACCUGAUUCCAGAACAGAGAGCGGACAUCAUCGUCGGCGACGUGACGAUCACGGCGAGCCGGAUGGCGAAGGUGGACUUCAGCAUGCCGUUCACGGACUCGGGGUGGUCGAUGGUGGUGGCGGUGCGGCCGGAGACGAGCACGAGCAUGUGGAUCUUCCUGCAGCCGCUCACCACCAGCCUCUGGCUCGCCAGCCUCGCCUUCUUCUGCUUCACCGGCUUCGUCGUCUGGGCCAUCGAGCACCGGAUCAACCCCGAGUUCCGAGGCACGCCGUGGCAGCAGUUCGGCCUCAUCUUCUACUUCUCCUUCUCCACCCUCGUCUUCGCGCACAAGGAGAAGCUUGAGAGCAACCUGUCGAGGUUCGUGGUGAUCAUAUGGGUGUUCGUCGUCCUGAUCCUGACGUCGAGCUACACGGCGAGCCUGACAUCGAUGCUGACCGUCCAGAAGCUCCAGCCGACGGUCACCGACGUCAGGGAGCUCCAGCGGAGCGGCUACAACAUUGGGUACCAGGAGGGUACCUUUAUCGAGGCCUCUCUCCAGAAGCUCGGCUUCGACAAGGUCAGGAUGAAGAGCUACAGCACCGCGGACGAGUACGCCGACGCGCUGUCCAGGGGCCCGGCCAACGGCGGCGUCGCCGCCGUGUUCGACGAGAUCCCCUACCUGAAGCUCUUCCUGUCGCAGUACUGCGACGGCUACGCCAUGGUCGGCCCGGUCUACAAGACCGACGGCUUCGGGUUCGUGUUCCCGCUGGGCAGCCCGCUGACGCCGGACGUGUCGCGGGCGGUGCUGACGCUGGCGGAGGGGGAGGAGAUGACGCAGAUCGAGAAGAAGUGGUUCGGCGAGCCAGGCGCGUGCCCGAUCCAGGACGGCGGCGCCGCCGCCGUCGGCUCGUCGAACCUCAGCUUCCGAAGUUUCGGCGGGCUGUUCCUCAUCACCGGCGUGGUGUCCGGCCUCAUGCUCCUCAUCUACCUCGCCACCUUCGUCUACCACGAGCGCGGCAAGGUCCGGGUGGUGGAGGAGGAGGAGGGCUCCGGGAGCUCGUCGGUGCGGCGGCUCCGCGCGUGGCUGCGCCACUUCGACCAGAAGGACCUCAAGUGCCCCACGUUCAAGACGUGGAACGAGGAGUCCGUCAGGGACGGGAGCCAGACGCGGAGAUGGAUCGAUGACACCGUGCGGAACGGCCGCGGCGACGCCGACAGCGCGGCACCGGCGGUGGGCGAGGAGGAAGCCAUCGGCAUGAGCCCCUUGAGCAUCUCCGCCGCCUCAGAGAUGAUCAACGCCGGCUCGUCGCCGGCGUCGGAGCUCGGGACCUCGUUCGAGCAGAGGAUGCAGGAGGCGCCACACUGCGGAGAUGACACAUACUGUGGAGAUGCCUAGAACAAUGGUCUCGUAACCGUAAAUUUCUAGAUUUGGAUGCAGGGCAAUUGCUCCCUAAAUGACAUGGCACGUCUGGUAGAAAACCCUGACCAGCCAGUCAGUAUGUCCGUAAAUAGUAGCAAGUACAUCAGCUUAGCAAGAAUGUGAAUAGUGUGCUACCUGUAAUUGUGGAACAGUAUCUGACCUGUGUGCAUUCAUCAGCAGAAUGUGUGUUCGAAUGCGAAUCGAUGACAACUUGUUCAGAUCGACAAA